UGAAGCGCGCCCAGGUGGUGGCAACAUGCGCACCAAACACCAACAAGCCCCUGCAUUUCCAGUUCCCCACUCCCCCCCACCGUUCCACCGUCCCCUUCCUCCUCGAUCCCCUCGCCGGCGCCGGCCUCCGGUGAUCGCCGCCGACUGCUCCUGCUUCCGUCCCACCUCCGCGUCAGUCCUCCUGAGUCCUCCCGCUACCCCAUCCGCCGUUGCCUAGGGUUUUGGGUCGCUGGCUGGUUCGGAUUCGGGGUCUAGGGUUCGGGCCAGCGGAGGCGGGAUGGUGCCGAACGGGCUGCUGCCCAAUGUGGCGGCUGGGGUGACGCGGCGGCUGGACGCCGAGCGGUGGGCCGUCGCGGAGGAGCGCACGGCCGAGCUGAUCGCGCGCAUUCAGCCCACCCCGGCGUCCGAGGAGCGCCGCCGGACCGUCGCCGACUACGUGCAGCGGCUCAUCAUGGGGUGCCUCUCCUGUCAGGUUUUUACUUUCGGGUCAGUCCCGCUCAAGACUUACUUACCGGACGGUGAUAUUGAUGUCACCGCUUUUAGUAACUGUGAUGGAUUAAAGGAUACUUGGGCUAUCACGGUUCGGGAUACAUUAGAACACGAGGAGAAAAGUGAGAAUGCUGAAUUUCGUGUCAGAGAAGUACAGUAUAUUCAGGCAGAGGUGAAGAUUAUUAAGUGUCUUGUGGAAAACAUUGUUGUUGACAUCUCAUUUAACCAAGUUGGUGGUUUGUGUACACUUUGUUUCCUUGAAGAGAUGGACAACUUGAUCAGUCAGAACCAUUUGUUCAAGCGAAGUAUCAUACUGAUAAAGGCCUGGUGUUACUACGAAAGUCGUAUUCUUGGUGCUCAUCAUGGUCUUAUAUCAACAUAUGCCCUAGAGACUCUGGUUCUUUACAUUUUUCAUGUGUUCAACAGCUCUUUUGCUGGACCACUUGAGGUUUUGUACCAGUUCUUAGAGUUCUUUAGUAACUUUGAUUGGGAGAAAUUUUGUGUAAGCUUGUUGGGCCCAGUUCCUAUAAGCUCUCUUCCAGACAUGUCUGUGCAACCUCCAAGAAAGGAUGGCGGCACAUUGUUGCUCAGCAAAUCCCUCCUAGACAUUUGCAGUUCUAAAUAUGCAGUUAUGCCUAGUCCUCAUGAGAACCAGGUUCAGCCAUUUGUUUCAAAGCACUUCAAUGUAGUUGAUCCUUUACGAACAAGCAAUAACCUUGGAAGAAGUGUUAGCAAAGGUAACUUCUUUAGAAUACGAAACGCCUUUGCCUUUGGCGCAAAAAGGUUGGCAAGAUUACUUGAAUGUCCAAGAGAAGAUCUGGCUGUUGAAGUGAAACAAUUCUUCACAAAUACAUGGAGAAGACAUGGCAGUGGCAAUCGUCCUGAUGCACCUGCCCAGAGUCCGAUUAAUCAAACUGUGAAAGUUGUGCCUAUUGAAGCUCCAAGCAGUCACAGGAGUACAACAACACACAAGAAAAAAUUGGAAAAUCCAACAACAUGCAUGGAUCAUGAUAGUCUUACCGAAGAUAGCCAAAACCAUCAUGACCCUACCACUCAGCUCCUAAAGAAAGGCAGUGUACAAUAUCGGAAUUCACCAAUAACAGUUCAUUCUGCUGCUUAUCCUACUCAGAGCCAGAAAAUUUGUGCAGUGCAAUCAAAUACCAAGGUGUUUGGACAGCUGGAGAAAAACAGCAUUCCUGGUGAAUCUUUGCUGGGUGAAAGGAAUCAAAGAGUAUCAAAGAUUCACUCCGGUAUGAAUGACAGGAAUGGACAAAGCAGGCUUCAAUUUGCUAGAACAAAUUCUAGUCCUGAAUUGACAGACUCUUCAGUUCAAGGUUUUCCUUGUAGCAGGUGCACUAGAGUAGCUGAAGUAGAAAAAACUUCAAUUGCUGAGUACAGUAGCAGAAGAAAUAGUAUUAUUCUAGGGGUAUCUGGCAACCACGGCAACAAGUUUUCUCAGGAAAAGCAAGUGUCUUCCAUGAAUGAUUCAUUUGAUCCUAGUAUAUUGGUAUCAGAUCCAAGUAGUGUUUCAAGCAGCAAUCAUGAAGAUAUAUGUCUUGCUGCAAAUGAAGAGCUUGCUUCAGUCUCAGAAGCACCGGAUAUGCUACAUAAGAGAAGUCCAGAGGAACAUGAUCCGGCAGAUCUGGUGGAUGGCUUCGAUAGACAGGUUCCUUUGCCAGUCCAAAUACCAUCUCAUCUUUCUGUAGCGCCUCCCCCCCUGAUGGUCUCAUCAGGUUAUCCUCAGAGAGAUCUGGCAGGAGUUUUGCCACCAAAUUUUUCAUUUAUUGGAACUCCAUGGUUACGCAACAUGCAGUUCGUUCAUGGAUUUGUUGCGCCAUCUAUGAAUCAUCAUGUUGGUAGUCCUACUUUUGCAGCAAACUCCAAAGAUGGAAAUGAGAGUGAGAGGUCUGCUACAACUGGCACAAAUUGUGAUGAUGGAGGUAAUUGGCAUGAGAAUAGUACUGGAUUCUCUGGAAACUUUAAUCAAGAGCAAGUAGAACCUGAAAUGUUUAACUUUAAGGAGCUUUCCUUUUCUCUUCAUGAUAUACCUUGUGCCCCUUCUCAAGGACAGCUGAAAUCUAGUAUUGAGGAUAGCAGUGAAACAUUAAGAAGAAAAUUUUCUGACCUGUUUCAUCAAGUAAAUGGAGGGAUCAACUUUGGUGCCAGUAACAUGAGAUUAGUUUCUUCACAAGCAAGCUGUGGACAGACCAUUCUAAAUAGCUCAUGUGGUGAAUCGACUGGGAUGUUCCUAACAUCAUCACAAGAUACAUGGGCUAAAAUACCUGCUGCUGUAGCACCUUCCUCUUCCUUGCACAGCAAAACGAAGACCAGUUGGCAGUUUGAAAAUACGACAGAGGGCAUCCCAUCAGGACUUGAUGGAACUAAAAAUAGCAAUGCAAUACCAGGUGUUAACAGUGAUUUUUCUGGUGGAAUAGCAGGCCCUAUCUCUUCAGAACAAUCAACUUCUAGUCAAGUCACGGAUGAUCAUGUUCCAUUACAAGUCAACAUGUGCAAUUCUGUGUUUACACCUUUUCUUAUUGGUCCUCAGCAGAGACAAGUUGAUAAUUCUGGUUUGACAUUUGUUCCAACAGGCCCACCAGUUCCUUUUGUUGUGUAUCCAUUUUUUCCUGGGAGGACUGAUAGUUCUGUGUCCCAGUUUGAGAGAUAUGAAGGAAGGGAUCAGUUUCCUCUCCACAUGGCAUUCCAAAACUCCAGUUCACAUCAUGAUGCUAACCAACCUGAUGCAAAUAUUAUAACUCCAUCAGGCAGUGUUGUAGCAGAUCAUGAUCACAAGUCUGACAUUUUGAACAGCGAUUUGUCGAGCCAUUGGAAAAAUUUACAGUAUGGAAGAUUCUGCCAAAAUGCACGCCCCCCUGCUCCUGUAUUAUACCCUUUUGCUAUGCCACCUAUGUACUUGCCAGGCCAUUUUCCAUUGGAUGGCCCUGGAAGACAACCUGCACAUACUUUUAAUUUGGGACAAGUAAGGAGCCCUGGUCAAGGGGUAGCUCCUGUGAUUCCUCUACAACUUGCUUCUGAAAGAGAUUCUGGUGUUUUCCAGCGCUAUGGAGAAGAUGCACCAAGAUAUCGUGGUGGCACAGGGACCUACUUGCCAACUCCUAAGGUUCCAUUUAGAGAUAGGCAGUCAGGAUCAAGAAACUACAGAGGGAGUUAUAAAAGUGACAGAAUUGAUCAGAAUGAUAAAGAAGGAAGUUGGGCAAACUCAAAACAAAGAAAUGUGGGGCGUAACUAUGGGCGUAGUCAAUCGGAGAAAUCUGGCGUUAGGCCUGACAGACAGACAUCUGAUGUAAGUCAAGCUGAUAGGCAUUGGCAACACUACAAAAAUGAUUCGUACAGGCGAGAAGCUAGUGGUCCAUCUAGUGUACAGAACCAUUCAUUUGGAUCUACAAACUCUACGCACAAUGCAGUAAACAUGGCAUGUGGGGUUCCUUCACAAUCAUACACUGUUUCCAGUGGAACCAGUGCUUCAUCUGGAUCUUCGAUGCAACCAGUUGUCAUGGUGUACUCCUGUGAUCAAUCUGUAAAUUAUGGUGCUACUAGUAAACCAAUCGAAUUUGGUUCAUUUGGGGCUAUCCCUAGUGACAUAAAACGAUCGCCACAUGAAGUACAUGCAAAUGGAUUUUAUGAGCACAGGCAUGUCCCAUACGAUGGUGGUUCCUCCCGAUCGUCCCCUGACCAACUAUCGCCGCCUCGCCUACGAAGGAGUUGAUGCAACAUAUGUCAUGGCCUGUUUCCUUGAUACUGGCAGAGCAUUGCUGAACUCCGCUGAGCUCCAGUGACUGGCUAUUAUCCAGAAGUACAGAUGUUUACUUUUGUCCAGAGGCUCGGAAGAAAGCUGUUUCAUGAGCCACCAAAUCCAUGCGAGUAUAAGCUAAGAGUAUCAUCUUCAUCAUGAAUUGAUCUGAAGAUUAGGAGCAUGAAUCAUUGGAGGUAUGUGGCCCUUGCCAUAUCCAUAUACGAAGAUAUUAGGCUACACCUAGGGGCUCUGUCGUCAGAAUAUGAAAAGCGAAGUCUGGAAGAUCAUCGGUUUCUUCACUAGACAGCUAUUUUUGGUGUAAACAGAGCUACUCAUGGAUCCUUGUUGAUAGGUAGGAAAAGAACUCCCAUAGAACUGUAUGCCAUUACUUUACAUACAAAAAUGUGUUACUCUCGAUGUAAUAGGAGCAAUCUUGAUGGCAAGUCUUUGACAACUGGACUUGGCCCAGAUGAAUAAAAGCGAUCAAUGACUUGGUCUA